GAGAGCAGCCAGGAGCAGAGCGCAUGGUACUCUGCUGCUAAGCACUCGCUGUCGCGUCCCAUGGUGUCAACACGUGGGAAGUCGAGAGCCAUGCGGGUAAAUGCGCUAGUAACUGCCGUGUUGGCAGCCUCCGUGGCCAUGUCUUCUUGCUCCAGGGUACGAGCAUUUUGCGUUCGCUCCAGCUCCCGAGCACAUCGUCCGACGCGCCGCUCGUCCUUGACACGCACAAUCAUGUCACAUCGACGAAGAACGCAGCAUGCACGAACAACAACACCGCCGUUGCACAUGGCCUUCGAUCCAGACGUUACGCCUGGCGCUUUGGACGCUUUCCACGCCUGGCUCACCAAGUCUGGAGUUAGACUCACAGACAACGCGGUCCUCGCCGGCAGAUCGCCGCUGGCGGGGGGGCGGGGCUUGGUGGCCACCAAGGCUAUCGAGACCGGGCAGUCGGUGUUGGCGAUCCCGCAGUCUCUUGGCCUGACCGCGGCGGGGCUCAAGAGUUCGGGCAUCGCGCAGUACGUGAAGGGGUUCGAGGGCUGGACCGGCGAGACGGGCCUGAUCGCCUUGCAGGUCUUGUGGGAGAGGGCUCUGAGGGAAGGAUCCAAGAUGGCACCAUGGAUCGCAGUCUUGCCCACGGAGGGAGAGCUCGAGAUGCCGCUCUUCUGGGGCGAGGCUGAUCUUACGCUGGCCGACGCGUCUUCCACCAGGGGGAUAUCCGGCUUCGUCGCCGACGUAGACGAAGAUUUCGCUUGGCUCAGCGAGAACGCUUUCUCGAAGCACCCCAAGGUCUUCCCCGCCGAUAAGUUCGGCCCGGGCGACUUCCGGUGGGCCGUCGGGGUAGCGCUGUCACGGUCUUUCUUCGUCGACGGAGAGCUCCGGCUUACCCCCCUCGUUGACUUUGCGAACCACUCGUCGUUGCGGGGAGUGUCAGAGCCGACAGGAGGAACAACGGGCCUUUUCGGGUCGAAGGCCGUGGUGCUGAGAGCGGGAAAGAAGUACGAGGAGGGCGAAGAGUUUUUCGUGAGCUACGGCCCGAAAGGCGCAGCCGGUUACCUGGAAGAAAACGGGUUCGUGCCUCCCGUGUCUGGAUCCGAGGUGACGUGUGAGUUGGAGUUCAGCAUUCCGGAGGACGACAAGUUCUUCGACGAUAAGGAAGACAUCCUGGAGAGAGCCGGCUUGAGAACCUCCUCGACGUUUGAUCUGACGGCGGUGGGCUUACCCGACGCUGAGCUGGUUCGAUUCUUGCGACUGCUUUGUGUGAGCGGUGAGGACGCGUUUCUCCUGGAGGGUAUCUUCCGAAACGAGGUGUGGGACUUCAUGAACGAGCCCGUCUCUCGGCCAAACGAGGAGGCCGUCAACGAACUCCUAGCCACAAGGUGUGAGGAAGAGCUCAAGGCUCUCUUCGGCACGGCCAGGGAGGAAGCGGACAUCGUCAGCGGGAAGGUAGAAGCGAGCGAGCGACAGCGCCUCUGCGCGAGGGUACGGCAGGGGGAGCGGAUGGCGCUACAGAUGACCAGAAGCUGGUGCGAAUCAGACAGCAAGGCUCUCGACCGCAAGGAGUACUACCAAGAGCGCCGUCUGAAGGAACUCCAGCUGGAUCUCCCUUGGGAGGCACGUUGACGAGAUUUAUCCUACGGAAAGGAGGCCGGGCGGAGGCGAGUUGGACUGGUGAAUACUUCUCUGAUAGCUACGCUGCACUUGAGACGAGCGCAACGUGGACAGAGGGAAAAGAGGGGGGGCGGGGGGAGGAGAUGCCUAACUGGGUGAAUAGGCAUUCAUGUUCAGUUGCGGCUUGCAAGUGGGCGAAAUUCGUUCUCCUGUGCAUGUCCUUAUCGUUUUGUUGACUGCAGGAACGGGAGGAGGGUGCGUCGAGGAGGUUGUAAUGCUAUUCUUUAUGUAGACGAAGAAUGCUCUCGACUUUCGGCAUGAUGCUCGAUAGAUCGUUUGCUCGGGUCGUCGUUUGUGUGCUUGUUUUGCCUUGAAUGAAUGUGUUGGACCACAUGUUGUACUUCCGCUUGUUUAUUUGCGGCCUUGUCUGCAACGGAGCAGGAAAUUCAACAGAGGUAUCUUCACGGGACCACAGAGACGUUAUCUGUGAUCAACCCCUCAGCAAGAUAUCUCGGCUACUUGUAUCCAGGCAGUCUUCCUCCGAAUGAAAAUGAAGUGUUCGCUUUUGUUUUUCCACCACGAUCGUUUUUCGAUGUACAGCAGCAGUACCCCCGAAUGAAACGCUUCCUUCAGAUUUGCUUUCUUGUGUCUCAAGACGACAGGCGCUCUCUACACCCUACGCUUUGCGCAGAAACGAACGUUGAUACUGUGUAGACUAAAUGCGUGCAGUGCUCUCUCGUGUUUUCGUCAAAGA